GGUUUCUCUGUCGAUCUGAUUAGACGAUUUGGCCUGGACUUUAUCUGGGGAAAAAUUGCUAUUUUUGUACCCCUGUAACCAUGAUUUCACUUAAUUGAUGAUUAUCUUUUAUACAGACCAAUAAAUUUGUGUGUGGAUUGAUGCAGAGUAAGAUUUGAGAAAGGAAUGGAAUUUUGCCCAUCGUGUGGAUUAUUGUUGCGAUACGAGUUGCCAAACAUGGGGCAACCUUCCAGAUUCUAUUGCCCUACUUGUCCGUACGUCUGCUCCAUGGAGAGCAGGGUUAAGAUCAAGAGAAAGCAACAGCUGGUCAAGAAAGAAAUUGAGCCAGUUUUCACCCUCGACGACAUGACGAAGGGGGGUUCUGAAACUGAAGCAACAUGCCCACAUUGCAACUUUGGAAGGGCCCGUUACCAACAGCUACAGAUCCGGUCAGCUGAUGAGCCAGCAACAACAUUUUACUUUUGCUUGAAUGAGAAGUGCUCAAGGAUGUGGCGUGAGGACUAAAUAUUUUUUGUGGAUGUUUUAUUUUAAAGUUUUAAAGUUUUGCAAGGAGAUUCUUGCAUCUUCCAUGUUCAGAUGUCUCCUACUAUUUGAUGUGGUGGUCAAUAUUCAAGCGGUUAUUUUGGUCGUUAACUAGGCUGCUCAAUGAGUGAACACCAGCCAACAAAUGGAAAUGAUAAUGAAACUUUACAUGGA